GGAACCGCUCACCCAGGCGGGUGCCGCCAUGCACACCGAGGGACUGUCCUGCUGCUUGGUGUUUUUGCUUCUGGGACUCUGCAGUGUGCACUCGCGCAAUGUGCUGCUGAUAGUUGCGGACGAUGGAGGCUUUGAAAGUGGAGCCUACAACAAUAGUGCCAUCACCACCCCUCACCUGGAUGCUCUGGCCCGCCACAGCCUCAUCUUCCGCAAUGCCUUCACCUCUGUCAGCAGCUGCUCCCCCAGCCGCGCCAGCCUCCUCACCGGCCUGCCCCAGCACCAGAAUGGCAUGUAUGGGCUGCACCAGGAUGUGCAUCAUUUCAACUCCUUCGACAAGGUGCAGAGCUUGCCGCUGCUGCUCCGCCAGGCUGGAGUGCGCACAGGCAUCAUUGGGAAGAAGCAUGUGGGUCCGGAUACGGUGUACCCCUUUGACUUUGCGUUCACCGAGGAGAACAGCUCUGUGCUGCAGGUGGGGCGGAACAUCACUAGAAUUAAGCAGCUAGUCCGGAAAUUCCUGCAGAGUCAGGAUGACAGGCCCUUCUUCCUCUACGUGGCUUUCCAUGACCCCCACCGCUGCGGGCACUCCCAGCCCCAGUACGGAACCUUCUGUGAGAAGUUUGGCAACGGGGAGAGUGGCAUGGGGCUCAUUCCAGACUGGACACCGCAGACCUACGACCCCCAGGAUGUGAAGGUGCCUUACUUUGUCCCAGACACACCGGCAGCCCGUGCAGACCUAGCCGCCCAGUACACCACCAUCGGCCGGAUGGACCAAGGGGUGGGGCUGGUACUGCAGGAGCUGCGAGGUGCCGGCGUGCUGAAUGACACCCUCAUCGUCUUCACAUCCGACAAUGGGAUCCCGUUCCCCAGUGGCAGGACCAACCUUUACUGGCCUGGUACAGCUGAACCUCUGUUGCUGUCAUCCCCAGAGCACCCACAACGCUGGGGCCAGGUCAGCGAGGCCUACGUGAGCCUCCUAGACCUCACCCCCACCAUCCUGGACUGGUUCUCCAUUCCAUAUCCCAGCUAUGCCAUCUUUGGCUCAAAGACGAUCCAGCUCACAGGCCGAUCCCUCCUGCCAGCGCUGGAGGCAGAGCCCCUUUGGGCCACUGUCUUCGGCAGCCAGAGCCACCACGAGGUCACCAUGUCCUACCCCAUGCGCUCGGUACACCACCAGAACUUCCGCCUCAUUCACAACCUCAGCUUCAAGAUGCCAUUUCCCAUCGACCAAGAUUUCUAUGUCUCGCCGACCUUCCAGGACCUCUUGAACCGAACCACAGCUGGCCAGCCCACAGGCUGGUACAAGGAUCUACACCAUUACUACUACCGGGAACGCUGGGAACUCUACGAUGUCAGCCGGGACCCUCGAGAGACACAGAACCUGGCCGCUGACCCACACUUCUCUCAAGUGCUGGAGAUGCUGAAAGCCCAACUGACUAAGUGGCAGUGGGAGACGCAUGACCCCUGGGUGUGCGCCCCUGACGGGAUCCUGGAGGAAAAGCUCACACCGCAGUGCCGACCUCUUCACAAUGAGCUCUGAUGGUCCCUGGGGCAGCUGCCAGCCUGCCUCUACUCAGAUGGGAAGGGAGGGACAAUGGAGUCAGUGCUAACAGCCCCCCCCCACACACCCAUCUGAGGAGGGGCCCCUGUAAUGUGGGAUGCCACUCCUGCCUCUACUCAGACGGGAAGGGAGGGACAAUGGAGUCAGUGCUAACAGCCCCCCCCUACACACCCAUCUGAGGAGGGGCCCCUGUAAUGUGGGAUGCCACUCCUGCCUCCUGGAGAAGAGCUCAGGCAUGCACUCCCCAUGUUGUCACCACAUCAGGACACUGCUGUCCUCACGUCUGCGUGGACUGACCCAGGAGUUCUAGGGCUAACUUGGGUGGGCAGAAUCCCAAGUUUGACCUGCAGAUAAAGGGUAAGGUCUGGGGUUUCAAAGCCCUCUGGUUUCUGAAGUCCAGGGAUGUUUUCAAGUUCUUUAUUCUAAUAGGAGUACAGAACUGUGUGCCCUGUGGUCAGUGGGUGAACCACACUGACUGCUGCAACCAGCGUUGGUGUAGAGGAAGCCUUAGGAGGCCCUGGGCUUGCUUUUGCCUUCAUUCUACCCUCGUCGAGUACAUGCUUGGUCAGAAACCUCACUGUUUCUCAGAGGUGAUGAGCUUGAUUCUGUGGUCUUUCUGGGCUCAGCUUGUCCUUUCUUAGGGUAACUGGGGACAGGGUGUGACAGUGGUCCCUCUCUUGCCCUUCAUCCUCUCUCUUUGAGUGACACCAAGCUUAUGGCUCAGCCUGUUGUCGGGAUUUCUGUCCUGCCCGGUUCCCGCAAUCGUUAAGUCCCAAAGAAAUCACACAGCGGUCUAUAUUAAUCAUACAUUGAUUGACCCCUUUAGCUCAGGGUUCUUAUUAACUCUUAUAACUUAUAUUAGCCCAUUAUUCUUCUGUAUGUUAGCCACAUGGCUCAGUACCUUUUUCAGCAAGGCAGUCACUUCUUGCUUCUUCUGUGGUGGGUUCACAG